CUACGAACUCGAGGUCUCGAUUCCCACGCAUUUGAUUGUCAUCGACGAGAAUCUACACAUCGAUAAGAUGUCUCAUGUCAUACAUAUCGUCAUAUUCUACGAACGCAUCCAAUCGACCAAUUGGUGGCACGGAUUGCUUGCACUCAAUGAACAUCACAAGAGAUUACUUCAUCGACAAGGACUCAGAAAAUCUGAUUUCAAAGUUUCGCAUUCGAGUGCCAUAUAUGACAAAGUGGAGAUAAUGCGGACCACAAUCGAUGGACUGGUCUUGCAUUUGCCGAAACCCUUCACUCCAUUCAUUCAAAAGCCCGAAGACAUGGAGUUCGUUGAGUGUAACAAAAGUCGUGCCAAUGUUUUCCACGCGAAAUACGGUCGCGAAGAGGACGAGGAGUCCAACAAAUUUCGCACAAAAGCCACUCUUUUAUUGGCAAAAGUUAAACACAUUUUGGAUGAGCUCUCGAUUCCCUUUUGGCUUAGCAGUGGAACAGCUCUCGGAUAUUACAGACAAUGCGAUUUCAUAACAUAC